AUGUCCAGCCAAAACGACGAGUCGGCAGCGCAAGCCCUGCCUGACCGUACACAACAAAACCCCGCCGAAGAUAAGGGCGAGGACGUCUCAAAGAAUGCCGCCAAAAAGGCUGCCAAAGCUGCCAAACUAGCAGAGCAAAAAGCCUACAAGGCCAAGAACAAGGAGAAGGGAAUUGGAAAAGCCGAAGCAAAACAGCCUACCGCGAAAUCCAAGAAGAAGAUUGAGGGCGCAGCCUUGAUUGGUAUCGAUGUCUCGAAAGAAGAUGACUUCCCUACCUGGUACCAACAAGUCUUGACCAAGGGCGAGAUGUUGGAUUACUAUGACGUCUCUGGUUGUUUCAUUUUGAAGCCUUCGUCUUAUUUCGUGUGGGAGACCAUUCAGAACUGGUUCAACGACAAGAUCAAGAAGAUGGGUGUUAGGAAUUGUUCAUUCCCUCUUUUCGUGUCAGAGGACGUUUUGCAGAGAGAGAAGGACCACAUUGAGGGUUUCGCUGCUGAGGUUGCUUGGGUUACACACGCCGGUUCUACCCCUCUUGAGCGCAAGAUCGCCAUCCGUCCUACCUCCGAAACCGUCAUGUAUCCCUACUACGCAAAGUGGAUUCGAAGCCACCGUGAUCUUCCCCUGAAAUUGAACCAAUGGAACUCGGUCGUGCGCUGGGAAUUCAAACAUCCUCAGCCUUUCUUGAGAACACGUGAAUUUUUGUGGCAAGAAGGACACACUGCACAUUUGACUGAGGAAGGUGCUGCCGAAGAAGUGAUGCAGAUUCUAGACCACUACGCCCACGUUUACGAGGAUCUCCUUGCCGUCCCUGUUGUUCGUGGUAAGAAGACUGAGAAGGAGAAGUUUGCUGGUGGUUACUACACGACUACUGUCGAAGGUUAUAUUCCUGCCACUGGUCGUGGUAUCCAAGGUGGUACAUCUCAUUGCUUGGGACAGAACUUCAGUAAGAUGUUUGGUAUCACCGUCGAGGACCCCAACGCCAAGCCUGAUGAAAAGGGCGCUUCUUUGCACGUGUGGCAGAACUCAUGGGGUCUGUCUACCAGAACUAUCGGUGUCAUGGUUAUGAUCCACAGUGAUAACAAGGGUCUGGUCCUGCCUCCCCGUGUUGCAGAGAUCCAAACCAUUAUCGUGCCCGUAGGUAUCACAAAGAGCACCACAGACGAGGAACGUGCCCAAAUCUACAAUGACUGCGCCGAACUAGCUUCCAAGCUUUCUGCUGUCGGUGUUCGAGCAGAAACCGAUCUCCGAGAUGGAUACUCCCCUGGUUACAAAUUCAACGACUGGGAACUCCGUGGUGUUCCUCUCCGUCUCGAAUUCGGACCUGGCGAAGCUAAGGGCGGUUUCGUCACUGCUGCUCGUCGUGACAUACCUGGCAAAGAGGGCAAGACAACCAUCACCCUCGACACACUCACCACCGCCGUCCCCGAUUUAUUGGACACUAUCCACAACGACCUGUUCAAGCGAGCAGAUGACCAGUUCCGCGAACACCGCAAAAUAAUCACCAAAUGGGAAGACUUCACCCCUCUUCUCAACCAGAAGAAUGUCCUCCUCAUCCCUCACUGUCUGACAGAGCAAUGCGAGGAUCAAAUCAAGGAAUUGAGUGCGCGAAAGGCGGAGGAAGACAGCGGCGUCGCUCAGGAUGCUCGCGCUCCUAGUAUGGGUGCCAAGUCGUUGUGUAUUCCCUUUGAGCAGCCUGAAGGCAUUGAGCAGGGUGUCACAAAGUGCUUGAAUCCUCAUUGUACCAGACUUGCCGAGAAAUGGUGCAUGUUUGGACGCUCUUACUAA